CCCGGGGUUAACAGCAGAGGUCUCCUCCCUGGCACCUGGGCCGUAGAGGGGUGAAGGGUUCCCUGGGGAAAGAGCCCAUUUUCUGUUUUCUUACUGUGUGAAUGAAUAUGCACGUUAAAGCCGAGUUUCUCAUCGCUUCUCCCGGAUUUGUUUUUAUAGAGAUUGAAUUCACUGCAGGAGCUCCAACUUCUUGAAAUCAUGUGCAAUUAUUUCCAGGAGCAAACCAAGGACUCUGUGCGGCAGAUUAUUUUCUCAUCCCUUUUCAGCCCCCAAGGCAACAAAGCAGAUGACAGCCGGAUGAGCUUGCUGGGGAAACUGGUCUCCAUGGCCGUGGCUGUGUGUCGGAUCCCAGUGUUGGAGUGUGCCGCCUCCUGGCUCCAGCGGACGCCUGUGGUGUACUGCGUGCGACUGGCCAGAGCCCUUGUGGAUGACUACUGCUGUCUGGUGCCUGGCUCCGUGCAGACGCUGAAGCAGAUAUUCAGUGCCAGCCCCCGCUUCUGUUGCCAGUUCAUCACGUCCGUCACUGCGCUCUACGACCUUUCAUCAGAUGACCUCAUCCCGCCGCUGGACUUGCUUGAAAUGAUCGUCACCUGGAUUUUUGAGGACUCGAGGUUGAUUCUCAUCACGUUUUUAAACACUCCAAUUGCAGCCAACCUCCCAAUAGGUUUUUUAGAGCUCACUCCGCUCACCGGGUUGAUCCGCUGGUGCGUGAAGGCGCCUCUGGCGUACAAGAGGAAGAAGAAGCCCUCCCUAGCCAAUGGCCACGUCUCCACCAAAGCUGCCCUGGACUCGGGGGGGAUGGACAAAGACUCCCACCUCUUGUACUCAAAACUGCACCUGAGCAUCCUGCAGGUGCUCAUGGUGCUCCAGGUGCACCUGACUGAGAAGAACCUCUACGGGCGCCUGGGGCUGAUCCUGUUCGACCACAUGGUCCCACUGGUGGAGGAGAUCAACAGGCUGGCAGAUGAACUGAACCCCCUCAACGCUUCCCAGGAGAUUGAGCUCUCUCUGGACCGCCUCGCCCAGGCUUUGCAGGUGGCCAUGGCCUCUGGAGCCCUGCUGUGCACGAGAGAUGAUCUGAGAACCUUGUGCUCCAGGCUGCCCCAUAACAACCUGCUGCAGCUGGUGAUUUCGGGGCCCGUGCCGCAGUCGCCACACGCGGCGCUCCCCCCUGGCUUCUACCCUCACAUCCACACGCCCCCCCUGGGCUAUGGGGCCGUGCCUGCCCACCCUGCCGCCCACCCCGCCCUGCCCACACACCCCGGGCACACCUUCCUCUCGGGCAUGACGUUUCCAUUCCGGCCCAUCCGCUAGGCCGGCCCCACCCACCACUGAGUGGCACUGCGCCUCCUGCGCCUGGGGGGAGGAAGCCUUCCAGAGAGGGUGACCAGCCCACAGAGGAGGACCUCUGGGAGCCAGCGGGCGGCCCCUCCUCACCAGCACGACUCUCAGGGCAGAAGAUCUGUGACGUCGCAGUCCAGGUGCCUCCUACCUGGUUACGUGGACGCACACGCUCCGAGCCUGUGCUGUCGGGGACACGGGUGUGCGAAGCAGCGUUUGCACGUCCACGUGUCUGGCUUCUCUCCUUGCGAAUGGGAUGUGUUCCUGCCCUACCGACGGCCCUGUGAGCUUCCAGCAAAACCUGUGACCUCCAGCUCACGGCACGUGGCGCUGUUCACAGGAACCCGUGGGGACUGCCCGUCACCCCGGAAAGGGACAUCUGUUUUACUGGGGCCUCAAGUUUUCUUUCAUAUGUUCAAAUAAAUCUUUUCUAAACAGUU